UCCUUAAUUUCUUAAUGCUUAAUGGUUAAACAAACAAAUUUUGUGUUGUCCAAGAAUACAUAAAAUCGAUCGAUUGGGUCUGGAGAGCUUUCCCAAUUCCCAUGUGUUUCUUCUUCUCCUUCAGCCUUCGCUCAUGAGCCUAAAAGCGGCCAUUGUUAAAGAGAAGAGCUUUUGUUUUCUUGGUUCUUUACGAGCAAAGGUGGGACCCUUUCUUCCUUCGCCAUCCUCAGUUGAAGACAUGGCUGCUGUCUUUUGACAGCAUCUAUGGAUUCGGGAAACGAAGGAUAGAGAGAGAGAGAGAGAGAGGAGCUCUUCUUUUUCUUUCUUAAUUUUUUGAAACAAAAAAGCUAUCCUUCUUUUUCCGGACCUCUUUCACGUGCGACGUUUUCCAUCCUCUUCAUAUCAACACCACUCUUUUUUUUCUUCUUCUUCCUCCUCCUCCUCGCAGCUUUCAUGAGAGAAAAAGCUGCGUUUUGGUGCCUUACGCCUUGUACUCAUCUGUGAGAGAACACUAAUGAAAGAAAAUGUCAUUCGAAAUGCUUUCUUCCUCAUUCGUUGUUUAUGAUACCAUCUCGGCCACACCAGAGCCUCAUCACCAACAACCACUAAGUUUCCUUUUUGAUGCCGGCGGCGGAUGCCUAAGCCCUGAGUCAGCGAUGCUCGGCAGCCUCCAGCCACCGGCAGGGCCGCAGCCGGCUCCACUUCCUUCCUGUGCCGGAGCACAGGGGAAGCGAAAGCGGCGGCGCCGGCCGAGGAGUUGUAAGAACAAAGAAGAAGCCGAGACUCAGCGCAUGACCCACAUUGCCGUCGAGCGCAACCGCCGGCGACAGAUGAACGAGCACCUCGCGAUGCUCCGCUCCCUAAUGCCGGAAUCCUACAUCCAAAGGGGAGACCAGGCCUCAAUUGUGGGAGGGGCCAUUGACUUCGUUAAGGAACUGGAGCAUCUCCUCCAAUCCCUCGAAGCUCAAAAGAGAACAAUUGAGCAAACUCAGAGGGCCAAUGCAAGCAUUAAUGAUUCUGGAGGCGGGCUAAUGAGGACCGAUGAUGAAACAGAGCAGCCUCCUUUCGCUCAGUUUUUUGCCUAUCCACAGUACAAUUGGUGCCAUCCUCGCCAUGAGUACCCGUCCCCGGCGCCGGAGAUCCGGUCGCCGGCAGUGGCCGACAUCGAGGUGACUCUCAUCGAGACUCACGCCAGCCUUCGAAUCCUGUCGCCGACAAGGCCGCGGCAACUAAUACAGUUGGUGACUGGCCUCCAAGCUCUCAGGCUUUCCAUUCUUCAUCUCAAUGUUACUACAUUGGACUCCAUGGUUCUCUACUCCCUCAGUGUCAAGGUUGAGGAAGGAUGCAGCCUAUCCACAGUGGAUGAAAUUGCGGCCGCGGUGCACCGCAUGCUAUCGCUCAUUGAAGCAGAUUCAAUUUCAGCCGUUCAUCAAGUUUUCCUAGACGAACUGUCAAGCAGUCCAAACCCGCCCCUGUCGUUCUAAAAAUCUACGAGAAUGCCACCCCUUUCAUUUUCUCUUACCCAUGCUUCUCAAGCUAAAGUUCUGGGGCCAAGUGUACUAUAUUCCCCCCUCCCCUCUCUCAUAUAUUUCUCUUUUUAUCUAUGUAAGCAAAUCUGCAAGUUCCUCUUCCCCUUAAUUUAGUUUUCCUGCGCAGAAAUGGGAGGCCAAAUAAACUUUCAUGGGCUUCAAGCUUUUAUUCAA